AUGGAUCUCGCCCUGUACAAAGAGUUUCGCGAGGAGUGCGAUGCAGCAUACCCAGAGAGCGUCGAAAUCGACAGUGACCCUCCGAGGCGUCGUCCCCGUGGAUUAGCCAUUUACCCACCCCACUAUGCCGCUGGGUUCUUCAUUUCUUCAGAAUGCGUGUAUCAGACCUUCAAGGUCCCCCCUCCCGACCUUCUGGGUCUUGUCAAUGACCGGGCCUGGAAAGAGAAAAGGGGAUCUGGAGUGAAUUUCUCGAUGAUUCAGGUGACGCAUUGCGACUAUCUUGUUUGCUUCGCUCAUACUGUUGACGACAAGAGGGACAUGCAGGAGUGGCGUGAGAGGAGGGACGAGUGGUUUGAUACCUUUUGCAGGAUGCUCGAGUUGAACGAGGCGUCGAGAACGAUUUUGAAGAGGAAUUACAAGUGGCAUCGCUUGAUUUACCUGGACAAGUCAGUCGGAAUGCCGCCCGAUGUUUCCCUACAGUCUUCUACUGUGCUUUCCUAA